UCCGUAACUGGCCGAGGAUUGCCGAAUCAUCUGUCCUGCCCGGACUGCUGGAAGCGGCCGCAACGCCAUGUUGGCGAAGUCUCUCAUCUAUGUGAGAAAAAAAUGAUAGAAAACACACUUGCCGAGAAGAAAAGGUAGAUCGCCGAGGGAGGUUGAAGAUCGCGGCGAUUGUUUUUUUCGUUUAAAAGAAACGAACCGAGCCGGAUCCGCAGAGGUUCCGGACGGGCGAGGGAGGCUAAACCUCCCACCGUCCCCAUGAAUAGCACCGCUGAUCCUAACAGCGACUUUCCAUGAAAAAAGACGUUUGUGUUGCUGUUCGAGCUUCGUUAUCCCAGUUCGUUAAAGGGAUUUUGGGGCCUUCUUCAAGAAUCCGCAACGCUUGCUCUAUGUAUGCAGGCUAGGCGUUAUUUGUAUCAGUAUUUAUUAAGGUAUUGUUUUUAUUUGUUGAUUUUUUUGCGAUGAGUUUGCCACCGAAAGUGGUCCCCAAACCCGCCGCUGUCGCAGUUAGCGGACCUGGAAGUGGCCCCUCUUCGAGCCAACUGCGGGCUACCCUGACCUCUCUGCCGCCGGGAGCCCCAACAGCUCCUCAGCCCGGCGCUGUACAGCCACCUCAAAUCCCACGGGUUCAGUCAUCACUGGACGAACGAAUCUUCCCUACACAGCCUGGAGUCGCUGCAGUCUACAGCGUACCCAGGCAUGCUGGUCCUUCUUACCCUGCUCACGACAUCACAAAGGGACACACUAACUUGGCAGGCACCCCGCCUGGUCAUGCCCAUUCCCCAGCGCUCUCUCAGGUAUCAGUACCCACAGCUUCCCCAUAUCGCUACCCUAAGGGCUGGGAGGCAGGCGGAGGGUCUCCAUACAACCCUGGGCAAAAUGCUGGCUCCGCACCUUUAGUGUACUCUCCCCAGACGCAGCCAAUGAAUGCACAGCCACAGAGUCGCCCGUUUGCUACGGGCCCUCGACCAACCCACCAUCAGUUUUUUCAGAGAACUCAAAUGCAGACAGCAAGGCCCACCAUCCCAACAAACACGCCCUCGAUACGGCCGGGCUCACAGACUCCCGCAGCAGCCGUCUACCCCGCCAAUCAGCCAAUAAUGAUGACCAUGGCACCUAUGCCUUUCCAUUCCCCACAGGCUGCACAGUACUACAUCCCACAGUAUCGCCACAGUACGCCCUACGUGGGACCUCCUCAGCAGUAUUCUGUACAGCCCCCAGGGUCUGGCACCUUCUAUCCUGGUCCAGGACCAGGGGAGUACCCAGCCCCAUAUCAUCCCCUCAGGUACCACCCACCUGUCUCACCCUCUGUCCCUGCUCCCGUUCCCACAGCUGGUCCACCGUACUACCCAGGACAGACUGUGUACCCCCCCUCACCCCCUAUCAUAGUGCCUACACCACAGCAACCUCCACCAGCCAAGCGUGAGAAGAAAACAUCCUCCCAGAUCCGUAUCCGUGACCCCAAUCAGGGUGGCAGGGAUAUCACAGAGGAGAUCAUGGCAGGAGGUUCAGGGAGCAGGAAUUCAACACCUCCUGUCGGUCCCCCCUCCUCUACCCCUACCCCACCACAGCAGCUGAGCAGCAGCCAGACUCCGGAGCAGCAGCAGCAGCAGCCGCAGCAGCAGCAGUCGCAGCCUCUGCCUCCUCCGCAACAGCAAUCCCAUCCUGGAAGCUACACGUUGGAGUCACCCCAGCCACCACAGUCCCAACAGCCACAGCAGCCAUUGACAGCUGUGGCUUCAGACCCCAAACCAGGGCCAGAUGACUUGCCAAAAUUGGAGCCAGUUGCCCAGAAGUCUUCCUCGCCUGGGCUCGUGCAGCCUGAAGCUCCCUUGGAGAGACUGGAGGCCAACACUCCUGUAUCUGAGCCCUCUCCUGCUCUCGAGCCAGAGCUUCCCUUCCCCGCUUCACUGGCGGGCCCCGUCGCUCUCCCAGUGGCAGUCGCCAACACAAGUGAACGCCCCUCAGCCAGGGAGUCCCCUGCUUCAGCCUCUUCUCCCAGCGCCUCCUGCUCUGCUGUGGAGAGCAAGUCCUCCUUGGCACAGUCUCAGUUGCCCAACACAGACAAGCCUCUUUUAGACACCCCACGAACUUUAGCUGCCUCUCCAUUGCUGGCUCCCAAGGCUUUGAACGGCCUUGCAGAGUCUGGGACUGAGCUGGAUACCCAAGCUCAUGAGCCUUCUCUCCAGCCCCAAACCUCUGCUCCUGCUUACAGAGAGGUCUCUUCCUCUGAAACUUUGCCCUCUGAUGUGAGGCCAGAGGUGCCCAUUGCUGCUACGCUCUCCCCUAUGGCACCUGUGGCUGUGGUGCCAGUCACCCUGACCUCAAGCCCUGUCCCAACUCUGCCAGUUACGCUCCCUCCUGGCCUUCCGCCUCUAGUGCAGGCCACAGCAGAGGCUGAUGAGUCGAGCAAGUCCUUAGACACUAAAGACCUCAUCUCUAGAGGAGGGGCAGAGGCGCAUGGUGGUAUUACUGACAGCAAAACAGAGUCCCUGCAACAAGCACUCACCAGGAAGAGUCCCACUACAGUUAAUCAGACUGCUUCUGCAAUACCAAAGACCUGGAGAAAACCAAAUGAAGGGACCUCUACUGGAGAUGCACCUCAAAAGGAAGAUGAGGAUGAGCCUAAGCCAGUAGAUCAGCCUGCUGGAGACCAGGCAAUGCAGUCAGCUCCUCUAAGCAGCAGCCCAGUGCCCCUGCCGUCAGCCUUCACCUCCACCCCUGCUCCUGCUCCUGCUCCUGGUAGCAGCCCAGAGGCUGAUGGAAAGCCCGCUGCUCCAGAGGAAAAUGGUGAAGCUGAGUUGGAGCCAAUAAGGAACGGAGCAGGCCACACAUCAGAGACGGAGAGCAGCGACAGCGGAGCCACCACUGGAGACAAGGAGAACUCCACUGGAGCUCCUCCAGACAUAGAAGACCUGGCGGAGCCCAGUGGAAAGCGUCAGUAUAACAGAGAGUUCCUGUUGGGCUUCCAGUUCAUGCCUGCCUGCAUACAGAAGCCGGAAGGCCUCCCACCGAUCAGUGAUGUGGUGCUGGACAAGAUGAACCAAAACAAGCUGCCAUCUCGAGCGGUGGAUUCCAGGGUGAUUUCCAGAGGACCCGAUUUCACACCUGCUUUCGCAGAAUUUGGGAGGCCGAUGCCUGGAGGACGAAGCGCUGCAAUUAUGAGCAUUGGGCCCCGACGGCCUCCACCCAGGAAGAUCAUCAUGAAUGUGUCAGUGAAUGAUGAUGUUCAGCUGAAAAAAGCAGAGCAUGCCUGGAAGCCCGGCAUGAAGAGGGAGUCCCUCGCAGAGGACGCAGAGACGCAAAAGACACAGGAGCUUUUCAGGAAGGUGCGGAGCAUCCUGAACAAGCUGACACCUCAGAAGUUCAACCAGCUGAUGAAGCAGGUAACAGACCUGACCAUCGACACAGAGGAGAGACUCAAAGGUGUCAUCGACCUGGUCUUCGAAAAGGCCAUCGAUGAGCCCAGCUUCUCUGUGGCUUAUGGAAACAUGUGCCGCUGCCUUGCCACGCUGAGAGUGCAGAUGACAGACAAACCCAACACCACAGUAAACUUUCGCAAGCUGCUGCUAAACCGGUGCCAGAAGGAGUUUGAGAAAGACAAGGUAGACGAUGUGGUGUUUGAAAGGAAGCAGAAAGAGCUGGACUCUGCUGCAUCGGUGACUGAGCGUGAGCGACUUCAGGAAGAGCUUGAGGAAGCCAAGGACAAGGCCCGGCGGCGUUCCAUCGGCAACAUCAAGUUCAUCGGCGAGCUGUUCAAGCUCAAGAUGUUGACAGAGGCCAUUAUGCAUGACUGUGUGGUCAAGCUGCUCAAGAACCACGAUGAGGAGUCCUUGGAGUGUCUUUGCAGGCUGCUCACCACCAUUGGCAAGGACCUCGACUUUGAGAAGGCCAAGCCUCGGAUGGAUCAAUAUUUCAAUCAGAUGGAGAAAAUUGUCAAAGAGAGGAAGACUUCAUCUCGGAUACGGUUCAUGUUGCAGGACGUUAUAGACCUCAGAUUGCACAACUGGUUCUCCAGGAGAGCUGACCAGGGCCCGAAAACCAUCGAGCAGAUCCACAAAGAGGCUAAGAUUGAAGAGCAAGAAGAGCAAAGAAAAGUGCACCAGCAGCUGCUCUCCAAGGACAGCAAGAGACGGCCAGAUCCGCGAGAGCAAAGAGAUCAGCGUGGGCAGAGAGAUGAGACCUGGAACACUGUGCCUAUGACGAAGAACAGCAGGACCAUCGACCCCAACAAGAUCCCAAAGAUCUCUAAGCCUCAAAUGGAUGAGAAGAUCCAGCUUGGCCCACGGGCUCAAGUCACGUGGGUGAAGGGCAGCAGUGGAGGAGCCAAAGCCAGCGACUCGGAGCUGUCACGGACAUCUGGCCUCAACCGUUACUCUGCACUGCAGUCCACACCCUCACCUCAGCCCUCCACUACACCUCCUCAGAACCCAGACUAUGACUCCAGGAGAACUCUGGGAAGUCGUAGCAGUACAGGCAGAGAGCGCAGUGACAAGCCACUGAUCUCUGCCGCGCCGUCAUCACGGCCCGGACCGUUCAUCAGGGGAGGGAGUUCAAAAGAGCUGCUGGAAAGUCAAAGCCCGGAGGAGCCGCGAAGAGACCGCGAGCGAGAGGGAGCCGAGCCCCGGAGACCGAGUGUCACUGAGGACAAACCGGAGACGGAGCGCAGCAGAGUCAGGGAGCCUGUGAAACCUGAGCCAGUGGUCCAGACCCCAGACAGACCAGCCCUGUCUGAGGAGGAGAUCGAGAGAAAGUCCAAGUCUAUUAUUGACGAGUUCCUGCACAUAAACGAUUAUAAGGAGGCUGUCCAGUGUGUGGACGAGCUCGACUUGGGCUUCCAGCUUCACAUCUUUGUGCGCGUUGGGGUGGAGUCGACCCUAGAGCGCAGUCAGAUCACACGGGACCACAUGGGCCAGCUCUUCUUCCAGCUGGUGCAGCAGGGAAUCCUCCUCAAGGCACAUUUGUACAAAGGGUUUGCGGACACGUUGGAGCAAGCGGAUGACAUGGCCAUCGACAUUCCUCAUAUCUGGCUGUACCUGGCCGAGCUGCUCAGCCCUAUGCUGAAGGAGGGGGGCUUCUCUAUGAAAGAGCUCUUUAGUGAAUUAAGCAAACCGUUGCUUCCUGUGGGAAAAGCUGGGAUCUUAAUAUCCGAAAUACUGCACAUACUAUGCAAACACAUGAGCCAUAGGACUGUAGGUUCUUUGUGGAGAGAAUCGGGCCUCGACUGGACCGACGUUCUUCCAGAGGGAGAGGAUGUCCAGGCCUUCAUCUCACAACAGAAACUCCAGUUUCUUCAGUCAGACAGCUCCAAUCCUGAGGCGGCUCUGCCGAAAAGGAUCUUGUCUCCUGAGGAGAUGAGCCGGCAGCUGGAGAGACUCCUCCUGGAGGAUGUGGCCAGUGACGAGCAGAUCUUUGACUGGGUGGAGGCAAAUCUAGAUGAAUCACAGAUGAGCUCGUCUCCCUUCCUGAGGGCUUUGAUGACAGCUGUGUGUAAGGCAGCAGUGAAAGAUGAUAACACCACUUGUCGAGUGGACACAACCAUGAUCCAGAGGAGAUUGCCUGUAUUACUCAAGUACCUUAACUCAGACACUGAGCGACAGCUGCAAGCACUUUAUGCACUUCAGGCGUUGAUCGUUGCCCUCGAUCAGCCUCCAAACCUCCUAAGGAUGUUCUUUGACUGCCUGUAUGACGAGGACGUCAUCUCGGAGGACGCUUUCUACAAGUGGGAGUCGAGCAAAGACCCGGCCGAGCAGCAGGGCAAAGGUGUGGCCCUGAAGUCCGUCACGGCCUUCUUCACCUGGCUGCGGGAGGCGGAGGAGGAGUCCGAAGAUAAUUGA